AUGGCCACCCUGUCCAGCUCAGCGGAGCUGGCCUGGUGCAAACGACUCAUCAAGGGCACUCACUACCUUACCAGUCGAGGAGGACGUCCACGGCCAUUUCCGUACACUCGAUCGAAGAAUGGUGGAGUUUCUUUUGAUCACAACGACGUCCGCAUUCUCCCGUUCCGCGUCUCGGACGUUGCGCGGUCGCUGCGGUACUCGAUGAAUUACGGAUCAAAGGUUGGCGCGUCCGACCAUUUCCCCGAACUUCAGAUGCUUGACAAGUACAACCGCCAAGUGAGCACAGUCGACAGCAUAGAGAUCCCUGGCUCAGUGCGCGCUGCAGUCAGGUCGAGGCUUUUUCUGUGGUCGAUCGAUAAGCCGCGGAAAUCGGUGUUGACGUGGUCCAGCUACAUAGAGUACGACGGUAGCAGAUAUGUUCGACUGCUACAGAGAAUUUGGAUCUCCUUGGAGCCGAUUCCCAUAGAGACUACCAGCAGCGAGCAGAAGACUCAAGGCUGCAUCAUGCGGGCGGUUGUGCGCUCGACGCCUGUCGACACGGAUCUCGACACCGAGAAGGUGAGUCACAUCGAAGAAAUGGCGGAAGUGGUUAUCGGCACGUACGAGCGCGGACAAGACCAAUUGGCAGCACUAUCGCUGGCUUCCUAA